AUGUCACCGAUUGAAGUCCCAUCAUACAUUUCACACCAGCAAGUGGAAAAUCGUCGACCAAGCUUUAGCAAUGCACCAACAAUUCUUCCAUCGAACCCCACUACAGUGAGCCAGAAGUCUAGUACCGGAAGUCAUGAUAUCACCACGCAGAAAUCGCAGAACACAGCAAAAUACGUGUCACAACAUGUGCUUUCUGCUACGGUCGAGACCAAUCCAAAACGAUGGACCGUGGAAGAAGACAACGUUCUUGCAAUGGCUGUCGAAAGUCAGAAUGGCCGAGUGUCCAACUGGAACCUGCUCGCUUCCACAUUCUUCCCUGGUUCUCGCACUGGCAGUAUGUGUAAAGCCCGGUGGUGGAAAAAGACUCCAAUAGGUAGCAAAAUUAAGGGCAACUGGAUGCCAGACGAAGAUGCAAAAAUAUCAAAGCUAAGAUCAGAAGGUUUCACUUGGAGGGCGAUCGCCACCCAGUGCCCAGGCCGUUGCUAUGAACAAGUGAUGUCUCGAUACUACGAUCAUCUUGAUCCUUCAGUAGUGACGGCCCCAUGGACAGCAGCGGAACACAGGAUCUUGUUCCAAGAACAAAGUCGUGUUGGAAAUAACUGGAAACAAAUCUCCCAACUACUACCAGGCCGAUCCACAAAUCAAGUCAAGAACAGAUGGUAUCAAAUACAACGUCAAUUCGGACUCCGAAAGCAGACCAAGCCAUCCUCCGUGAAGAAAACCAGAAAAAAAGUGCAUAACGGUCAUCUUGUCUAUUCAGUAUUGACGAAUCCGUGGACCGAGCCGGAAGACAAAAUCUUGAUCCGAGAGCAUAGUCGUCUUGGAAAAAAGUGGACACAAAUCUCAAAGCUUCUACCAGGACGAUCCCCAGACCAACUCAAGAACAGAUGGAAGCAGAUACAACGUCGAUCAGGACUCGAGAAGCAAACUGAGCCAUCCUAG